GACAUAUUGGGUGGGUGUGCUUAUCAGAAUCUGCUAGAACCAUCUGGCGAUGCUGUAAUUUGGGAGCAUAUUUCAAUUACAAAACCGAAAAUCAAAUAGAACGCCAAAAGCCAAAACAAGCCGUGCCCUGGAUUUUUCAUGUAUAAAAGCGAUACCUCAAGCUAAAUUUGCCGAUGAUACCAUGGACUGUUCGAACUCGAACAUGAUGGAGGCUGAAUUUCCCUCAACCAGAGCCGGCGAAGCCGACUCUGUCCGUCACUUGCUCACAUUAGCUCGUCAAUUCAUCAAUCAACGAAAGCCUUCCCAAGCCCUCCAAGCGGUUGUAAUGGCAAUGAGAACCCAAGGUGGGGAUGCAGCAGUCUUUCAAUCUUUGCACCGUGCCCGUGAGCUGUACAGAACUCGAUUACAGGAGACUGCUGAUGUUGAUCAACUAGCUUCUUUAUUUGCAGAGUGUGCGAUAGCUGAAGCCCAGCCUCUGAACCCUGAACCUACUGAAAGUAACAAUAACAUAUCUAGCUCAUCGGUUGUCGAUGGUCAUGGUAAUUCAAUUCUGGCAGAAACUGGUAGGAUGCAAGUGGUUAUGGAUGCAUUCUCAGAUGGGAGCAGUUUUAUUUGUUUGCAAUGUGGGGGCCUUGUUAGUAACCUUCGCAAAGAUGAGCAUUAUGCAUAUUGGUGUGCCCAGAUCUAACUUGUAUUCGUGUAUCAGUCCUCAUUCUUGUCUUACCUGGCGAAAAACAUCCUCCAGAAUUUGUAUUUGUGUCUUUCGAUUUGUACAUGGCACAGCUGCUUUUACGUUGGCACGCCCCAGUUGUCCCGAUGCUAGCAAGCUAAGGUUUUAAACGGUAUCGCCAAUUGUUGUAAGUGGGUUAUUCCUCGAGUAGCUUGCAACAUAUUCCUCUGCACAAGAGAGAGAUAAGAAAAGUAUAAACAUGAUCAAUUUGGUUUGCCAAGAUCAUCCUCAUACCUAAGUUCUCAUUCUAGAAGAGACAGUGACCAGCCCCAUAUAUGGGCAGAAAAUUAUUGUAUGGAGAUAACACCUAUUUUUCCUUUCCAAAUCUUAUUUCAAGGCCUACCUGGUUUUGCAGAUAACUAAUCGACUGGUGAUCAAUGCUUGCUAUAUUCUUAUUAUUUAAUUCUCAUGUGGAUAAUUUUGGGUUUAUAUUCAAUAUAGUAAGACACAGAAGUGUUGCUAGCAA